AUGGGCCUAUUCAACUUCUUCAAAAGCAACACCCCACCUCCACUCUACCAUCACGGCGAGCGAGGAAGUGGAAACGAAUACCUAUCGCCAAUGCCCAGCGAACAAGAUCCAUCGAUCCAUGUAGGAAAUGAUCCCAAGACCAUCAAGAAGCGCGUAAAAGAGAGGGUAGAUGCCGAAAUCUGGAUCGAGCGGAGGAAGGCACAGAUGGAAAAGAGCGAAAGGAGUGAGAAGAGGUGGCGUGAACGGCUCAGCUCGAAGCGAGUGGCGGGCCUCGCGAUGAAUCACACGGUCCAGGGCAUUUUCGCCUUGGAGACCACGGGUUUGCUGGCAUGGCUGAUGAUCCUCGUGCUUUGGGAUUUAUGCCCUUGGGUCGUCGUCGCGGAGGAAGACGUAACCCAGGAUGGCCGGACCUACAGAGUAUGGGCCGUGGAGACCCAGAUGUUCCAGAUCAUAGUUCUGGGCGAUUGGACAACGGUAGAGGGGGAGGAGGAAGACCCAACGCUGGACUUCCGGACAUUAGGGAUGUGGGCCAUGGAGGCCCGCCUGUUCCAGAUCAUAGCUUUGGUCGAUGGGACAAUGGUAGAGGGGGAAGAGGAAGAGGUCAAGAGGAUGGGCGUGGCCCGCGUUGGCCUGGUGGAGGUGUUAAUGACUCCUAUCUGCUUCCCUGAUCACUUUCAAUUGGACGAAGUCUGA